AUGGAUGACUCACUGAAGACUUUUCUUGCAAUAUUUCUCCUUGAGACUGUCACCGGCCUGUCCUCCAGUAUCUUCACCAUCAUUUCUCUUUCUCUUGCCGGUUUUCAAAGGACAAAUAUUGUUCCACUGAACAUGAUCUUAAUGUCUCUGAAUAUAUCCAAUGUGUUCUUCACCGUAUCUAAUGCAACCUUCUUGUUCAUCACCAUCUUAUGGCCAUAUUUUUACAGUGUAAGUUUUCUGUUUUACUUCCUCUUCUACAUGGCUACAUGCACCACCACAUCCAGCGCAUGGCUCACUGCUAUUCUCUGCUUCUUCUAUUUCAUGAAGAUCAUACCUUCCCGGCCUGGAGUCCUCAUGGACAUGAAGAAUAAAAUUGGCGCCAUUGUCUGGAAGUUGAUUUUGAUGGUUGGGAUUUUCUCUCUUGGUGGAAGUUUCCUAUCGAUGCUUAUAUCACUUCCAAAGCUGAAUGAGAGGAACUCAACUAUGAAUGAUAUAGAAAUACUGGAAGAGAACAUAAAACAGCAAAAGAAAUUAAUAAAUAUCAUCAUGAUGCUCAAUUAUCUGCCCCUCAUUACAGUUGUAGUGACAACUGUUGCCAGCACUUGGAUCCUCAAAGUGUACGACGGUCAGAUGAAGAAGAAUAGUGGGACUUUGGUCAACACCAACGUAAAGGGUUAUCGAAAGGCAGUCCACACAAUGAUAGGUUUUCUGAUCUUCUAUGUGUUACUAUCUAUCACUGUUAUCAUUAUUUCCUUAGAUAUAUUUGUUAGCAGAAGUGUUGGAUUCUGUAUAUGUUCAAUGGUUCUACUUUCAUUUCCCACAGGACAAUCCACUCUCCUUAUCUACAGUAACUCGGGAUUAAAGCAGAUUUUAAGGAAGCUUUUCACUUUGUUUACUUGUAGGAACUCCAGAGAGUGA